AUGGAUCAUUCAAUGAUGGAUCACAGCUCUAUAGAUCACGAUAUGCCCGGAAUGGGCGAUGGAUCAGACGAUAUGUGUGAAAUGUCGAUGGUGCUCAACUCUGGAUACAAGAAUCUAUGCAUACUUUCCUCAGGAUGGAGAAUAACCACAAAAAUUCAGAUGUUAUCUAGUAUGGCCAUUAUUGUAUUCAUUACCAUAGGAUAUGAAUUGUUCAAGAAAUGGGCAGCAGCAUUUGAAUACCGUUACAAUUCAAUGACCGAAGGCGGUGCCAGUUCCGCAAGGCAGUUAAAGACAUUUAAGGUGAAGAGCUCAAUCAUAUAUGGUCUCACUGUUUUUUACUCGUUUAUGAUAAUGCUUUUAUUUAUGACUUUUAACGUUUGGGUAAUGAUUUCUGUCACUUUUGGUGCAAUAGUUGGCCACUUCCUAUUUUCCGACAACCGUACCUCCGGACAGUCGUUGGCAUGCCAUUAA